ACACCCGAGUAGAGGGAAACCCCAACUCCGAUUCUCCGAACCACAGCGCAGCGCAGGGUUCUCAUCCCCUUCCGCGUCGCCGCCGCCGACGAAGCCUUCGAUCGACGGUGAUCGCUAGCCUUGGCCAUGUCUCAGUUAAACUACUGCCCAUCCGCUGGCGACACCCACGACGCCGGCAACGAGGCUCCCAUGAACGAUCCCCUCGAAGGUAGCGGCAUCCACGACGACGCUCCCAUGAAAGAUUCCUUCGAAGAUACGAAGGCUCUCAUGAAAGCGGCCGUCGCCGGAAACCUCGAUUCCCUCAAAGGCAUUGUACAGAGUCUUACCAAAGGAAGUGGUGACCCAUCGGCGAUUUUUUCUUUCAACAUCGAUGGGGUUUCUGUGUUGCACGCCGCGGCAAUGUUUGCCCAACUGGAGGUUAGCAAGUAUUUGGUGGAGGAGCUCAAGGGAGAUGUGAAUGCUCCGGGAUAUGGAGCUGGUGCUGAAGGUAUGACUCCAUUUAUGGUGUCUGCUCGGUCCGGUGAUGUUGCCACCGUUAAGUAUUUUCUUGAUCGUGGUGGUGAUUUAACGAAAGCAGAUGACAAAGGACGCACAGUUCUUCACCAUGCUGCGGCUAAAGGAUGCUGCAUGGUAACAAAGUUCCUCCUUUCAGAAGGAGUUCCAGUCGACAUAAACUAUGGUCGUGGAACACCACUCUUUCUGGCUGCUGAAAGCGGACAAGAUAAGACAUUGGAGAUUUUGUUGGACCACGGCGCAGAUCCUAAUAUCAGUGUCCAUUGUUUGGGAAGUCCCUUCUUUAUGGCUCUUACUAAGCAUUCAUUCAAAUGCAUGGAGACGCUCGUUAAGGCUGGUGCCGAUGUUAAUUGGAAGACUUUCGGUCUCACUCCUUUGGGGUUUGCUACGGCGCGAGGAGGUUAUACCAACUUCAUUCAGUUCCUCUUGGAUGUUGGAGCAGAUGCUAAUGUUUCUGAUGAUUUGGGUUGGUUGCCAGUACAGCUUGCUGCGGCACGUGAUUGCAGGGAAGAGGUUGAAAUGCUGUUUCCUUUGACUUCCCCAAUUCCAAAUGUCCCAAACUGGACUAUUGAGGGUGUAAUUUCUCAUGCAAAGAUUGAAGCCAAAAAGCCACUGGAUCAAAAGAAUUGCCAAAGAAGAAAAAGUUUCUUAAAGUUACAAGCUGAUAUAGCAUUCAAGCAGAAGGACUAUAAGCUGGCAUCAGAGUUGUAUGACAUGGCAAUAAGUCAUGGAGAGAGUGCAGCACUGUACGCGAACAGGAGUCUUACUAAACUGCUAAUGGGAGAUGGUGAAGGUGCUUUGUCAGAUGCUCUCAGGUGUAGAAUGUUGCGACCUCAAUGGGCAAAAGUUUUCUACCGUGAAGGUGCAGCUCUCAUGCUACUCGAGGAGUAUGAACAAGCCUAUGAUGCUCUGUUGGAUGCACAAAACUUGGAUCCUCAGAGUGCUGAGAUUGAACGUGAACUACGGAAGGCUAGGGAACUCAUGACGAAUAUGAACGCAUCUAGGGAGCAGCCGGAUGCUCCCUAGUGAUCCAGAGUGGCUGACCAAAAAGGAAAUAUUUGGUCCCCUAAUAAUCCAUAAAAGAAAAUAAUUUGUCUUCCUGAUCCAUAUAAGGAAAAAUAUAAUCUAUAUUAGGAAUGUAAAAUGUAAACAGAAAAAAAUACAAAAGCACCCAUGUGAACAUAUGUGAAUGCAUUUAAUUUGUGUUUUUUUAAGUCGUAACUUUUAAAACGCGCGUCGAAAUUAAGAUCCGUUUUCACUGUUGGAACCCAUGCGACGUGCUUUUCAAAACUAGAUCCCGCAAGGGUAUGUUUCGAUGAACUUUUUGUGCAGUUUAAUCCCCGUUUGGUGCAAGUGUCUAGCAGUCAAUGUGCAACUAUAUGACAGUCGUUGUGCAACUUUCUCGCUACUCGUGAAUGUGCAAUUUUCACUCUUCACUGAUAUGCACAGGUGUGAACGCAUUUAAGUCUGGUUUUCUUUUUCUAAAAUAAUUAAUAAUUUUUUAACCAAACAUCAAAAUUAAUAUCCGCUUUCACCAUAGGAAUUCUUUCGACGUACUUUUCGAAACUAGAUCCCGGGUGAGCAUGUUUCAGAAAAAAAUUAUGUGCAAUUUAUUCCCUGUUUGGUGCAACUGUCUAGCAGUUGAUGUGCAAUUACUUACGUCGAUGUGCAACUUUCCCCCUACUGGAUGUGCAGUUUUUCACGGAUGGCACCUCCACCCCAAACUAACCCCUAACAGUGAGAUAUACAACUCCGCUACCAUGCGUGUGCGAUUAUAUCGAUGAGAGUGUGCAACUCCGCGGCCAUGCGUGAGGUACUAUGCCAAGGGGAGUGUGCAGCUCCGUAGUCGUGUGUGUGUGUGUGUGUGUGUGUGUGUGUGUGUGUGUGUGACUAUGCCGCCGCACAUGUGCAACUCUUGCAAUCGUGCGUAAGCUACUAUGCCGGCGAGAAUGUUCACCUCCUCGGCCGCGUAUGUGCGACUAUGCCGACAAGUGUGUAGAAAUCCGAGGUUGUGCGUGCGCGACUAUGCCGACGAGAGUGUACAACUCCUGUAACCGUGUCUAUAUGCCACUUUUCACUACCCUCAUCAAUGUGCAAUUUUCGCCAUCCAACUAUCCCUGCCUGUGAAAUGUGCAACUUUGCGGGUCGCCUCGGCCAACUGCCUAGGGCAGUAUGUGCAACUCCAUCUGUUACCCUGCCAACUGAAACUACACAUCCACGAAAGAGGG